GGAGGGAGGAAGGUGGCAAGAUGGUGUUGGAGAGUACUAUGGUUUGGGUCUUGCUGAGUUGCCAAGGUUGGCUUCGAACUUGCUGUAUCCUUCUGCCUCAGCCACUUGAGUAGCUAGUAUUACAGUGUGGACAACAGUGAGUAUAUGCGGAAUGGAGACUUCUUACCCACUCGGCUACAGGCCCAACAGGAUGCUGUCAACAUAGUAUGUCACUCAAAGACUCGAAGCAACCCUGAGAACAACGUGGGCCUCAUCACACUGGCCAAUGACUGUGAAGUGCUGACCACACUAACCCCUGACACUGGCCGCAUCCUCUCUAAGCUCCAUACCGUUCAACCCAAGGGCAAGAUCACCUUCUGCACUGGCAUUCGUGUAGCCCAUCUGGCUCUGAAGCACCGACAGGGCAAGAAUCACAAGAUGCGCAUCAUUGCUUUUGUGGGAAGCCCUGUAGAAGACAAUGAGAAGGACCUGGUUAAACUGGCUAAGCGCCUCAAGAAAGAAAAAGUAAAUGUUGACAUUAUCAAUUUUGGGGAAGAGGAGGUGAACACAGAAAAGCUGACGGCCUUUGUAAACACACUGAAUGGCAAAGAUGGAACUGGUUCUCAUCUGGUGACUGUGCCUCCUGGACCCAGCUUGGCUGAUGCUCUCAUCAGUUCUCCAAUUCUGGCUGGUGAAGGUGGUGCCAUGCUGGGUCUUGGUGCUAGUGACUUUGAAUUUGGAGUGGAUCCCAGUGCUGAUCCUGAGCUGGCCCUGGCUCUUCGUGUUUCUAUGGAAGAGCAGCGGCAAAGGCAGGAGGAGGAGGCACGGCGGGCAGCGGCAGCCUCUGCAGCUGAGGCUGGGAUUGCUACAGCUGGGACUGAAGGUGAAAGAGACUCAGAUGAUGCCCUGCUGAAGAUGACCAUCAGCCAGCAGGAGUUUGGCCGCACAGGGCUCCCUGAUCUAAGUAGUAUGACUGAGGAAGAGCAGAUUGCAUAUGCCAUGCAGAUGUCCCUACAGGGAGCAGAGUUUGGCCAGGCAGAAUCAGCCGACCUCGAUGCCAGCUCAGCCAUGGACACAUCUGAACCAACCAAGGAGGAAGAUGAUUAUGACGUGAUGCAGGACCCUGAGUUCCUUCAGAGUGUCCUAGAGAACCUUCCAGGUGUGGAUCCUAAUAAUGAAGCCAUUCGAAAUGCCAUGGGCUCUCUGGCCUCCCAGGCCACCAAGGAUGGCAAGAAGGAUAAGAAGGAGGAGGAUAAGAAGUGAGACUGGAGGGAAAAGGUGGCAGAGCCUGCCCAGGGGACUGCAGGGUGGGGUGGGAUAUAGGGUUAGA